AGUUUUGCUGUUUUGUUGAUGGAUAAACGAAAGAGUGGAGGGCUGCCCGAUGCAGAGCAGCCUUGCUGUUCAAAGACAGUUAGAAACGAUAGCAGCAGUAGCAGUACGGGAGAAGAAUGGUUAUGUGCUAGCACUAAAGUUCCAUCGCCAACAGAUUUGAUCAACCUACCUCCGACAAGGCCAAAACGUAAACCAGAUCCUUCGUUAUCGUGGUCAUCGCGUAGAGCUGUGAAAGCUAAAAGGUUAUCUGCCCCAAUCUCGACGAUUCCAAAUGUCAAUGUUGAGCCGUCCGCCGAAUCCGUUUCCGAUGCCAGUCCCAGCACGUCCUCCAUUCAAAAGACUUCCGAAAGACAUCAAAAAAGCGAAAAAUUAGCGAAAAAUAUCAAACUGCGACGAACUUCUUUGCCAUGGUUUAUGUCCAUGAGUGUUUCAAAGAAUCGGAAGGUCACGCCUGCCAACGCGGACAAAUCAUCUAAAUGGCCUUCAUUUCCAAAAUUGCACAGGAAAGAUGUGGUCUUGGAGCUUACACCAACCAAAGCUCCGACAUCGGAUGAGUAUCUGUCUCGUAGUUACAGUAGCUCCGUUCUAGAGAAGAUUCUUGUUGAGGAGUCACCCCUCAAAACGGAUGAUCAUCGUCCAGCAUCAGUGAGGGAAGUAUCAGCAGAAUCAGUUGCAGAUUCUCAAAUCACGCUCCAUUUAGAAAGAAGCAGGAGUUUGGAAAACAUUGCGCGGGAGCUCCUCCAUAGUUCCAAAUCUGAAAAUGAAACCACGUGUAGGGCAGAACGGAAUUUUCCACCUGUAGAGGCACCAGACAAAGGAUCUGUUAGCAACGAUGUCCCUAUGCUUUUGGAUUCGUCACCCGAUGAAAAAAGCGAGAAGCACAGAAGCGAUGCGGGCAAUGGUGCCGCAUUAUCUGUAGAAACUAGAUCAAGUGCUUCGGGUGGCGUAGUUCCGUGUACGCAGGACCUCGUGGCUGAUUCCGAUGAUGAGAGCCAGCUGAGAUCAGAAUUAUACGACAUUGACGAAGUCACACGUCUGGUGCCACGCGUGCCAUCGACAGAAGAAGAUACUGGGACUGAAAAGCAGUCUGACGAGGAAAGCUCUUCCGAUGAAGAUGAUUCGAUCACAAGGAACUUGGUGACCAGGAUGAAUUUGUUUGGACGCGCACGCAAAUUUGCUGAAUAUGUGCUUGCUCGUCGUUCUGAACGAAUUAUGAUAAAGAGGGAUCCAAACGUGUCGACGAAAACCUACGAAGUAGAACGCACAGUGAGUGCUUGGGGUAUGUCCGUUUCAUGGCUGAAACCAAAGAUGGUCAUGUUUGCACCACCAUUUUCACGCAAUCCUACGACCGUGACGCUAGCGCUGCCACUGCUCACGAUUCCAAAUAAGUACGAUCCAGAGACUACUUUUAUAGUCAAUCCAAUUAUAGUAUCGACAACGCAGGAUGCGGGUCCAGAAGCAACUUAGCUAUGUAAGGAUGUAGCUUCAGAGUUUUAGGUAACGAUUCAGGAAUUUCCUAUAGAAAAUUAUUGGUGGAUUGUUAUUGUUAUCAGAAAUAGAAGUUUAUCGUUGUUCUUGUAUCGCUGUUUUGUUCUUGCUUCUUUUGUUUCAGAAUCUCCUUCCUUCACAGCAUUUUGUUUGGGUUUUUCUUCUAAUCACUUUGAUUGCGGAAGUCUUUGUUUCUAUCUCUUUUUUUUGUGAAAGUGAUGAUUUAUCUGUUUUUAAUCAAAUAAAUUCUUGAAGAACGUUAAUUUUAUAGAUAUUUUCACUAUGAGUAAACAUCUUUAUCAAUAUUUAAUCAGUCCGUCGCGAGAAGUGAUUAUUAG